UAAUAUAACGAAUGUGAUUUGGAUACAAAACAAGAUCGUGUCCGCUCGCAGAAUUAGUGCAUAUAGUCCAUCUCGGGUCCAUGUCCAAACGAUUACGCUGCGAAAAGCCGUUUGACAACGUUCUCCGUCGCACUAAGACAAUGAGCACUUACUACUUGUAUUUUUUUACAAUUUUGUUUUCCGUAACACGUACUACUCGCUCUGAAAAUGAAUUAUUGACACGCACUCACACUUCUAAAUCAGAAUCACUCCCUUACAUGCUCCGAGUAUGUCAUCGAAGUGAUCCAAACUUAAACGAUUGCGUAAAAGAAUCUAUUGAAGAACUUAGACCAUACUUGGCUGAGGGAAUACCGGAAUUAUUUAUACCAUCAUGCGAACCUUUAUUCAUACCCGAAGUCGUUAUGAAUCAAGGCAAUAAGGGCAGUGUGAGUGUCCAAUCCAUUUACCGUAAUAUUCGUGUGUAUGGGCCAAGUCAAUUCGUAUUAAAAAGUGUCAAAGUGGAUCUUGAAAAAGAAAAAAUUCGUAUUAAAGUAUGGUUACCAUUCUUGCGUAUGACUGCUGAUUACUCCAUCGAAGGCAGAAUUCUUAUGCUGCCAAUAUCUGGAGCUGGGCUCAGCGAAGGAAAUUACACAAACAUCGAAGCUAACGUAGUUGUGCAAGCCAACACUAUCCAAUUGAAAGGGAAAAAACAUUUUAAUGUUCAAGAUGUGGCCAUUGAUUUCCAAAUCGGUCAUGCAAGCAUUUACCUCAGUGAUUUAUUCGAUGGCGACACGGAACUCGGUGAUGCAAUGAAUACUUUCUUAAAUGACAAUUGGAGACACGUUGCCCAAGAGUUCAAACCAAUUCUAGAAGAAACAAUCGGUGAUUUGUUUAAAAAGUUUGCAAAUAAAUUGUACCAUAAAUUUCCGAAAGAUGAUAUUCUUCCAGUUAAACCUGAUGAACCAAUGAAAUUGCCCUACCAGUUUUUACAUUAUUAUUUUUUUAUUAUUAACGAUUUUCAAUCAAACAUAGUUAUGUUUCUUAUAUCCGCCGCAGUUUUAUGUGUGGCAGUUAUAGAAACUACCACUGCAAAUAAUUUCACAUACAAAUCUUCACAAGAUUCAACACCACCUCUUCAAACUGCUCCUAUAUGGUUAAAGUCAUGCAAGACAAAAGAUCCAAAUUUAGAUGAAUGUAUAAAACUCACUUUUGAAACGAUGUUUCCAUACUUGGCAAAAGGUAUACCUGAAAUUGAAACUCUACCAUUUGAACCAUUACAUAUUGAUAAGGUGGCUCUAACCAAAGUACAAGGUGCUGUAAUGCUUUAUGGUGCUUUUACUAAUCUCACUGUUCGUGGUCCAAGUAAUACAACUGCGCUUUACACCAAAAUGAAUUUGAAUAAACGACGUUUGGAUAUUGGAUUAUUUAUACCAACCAUUAAAGUAGAAUCAAAAUACGAUCUCAAAGGAAACAUUCUUCUUUUGCCAUUAGUCGGUGUAGGCGACGCAAAACUGUUUUUGAAGAACGUGACGACACAUGUAUAUAUAAAUAUCGACUUCAUAAAAAACAUGAACGAAACUGUAAUGUUGGCAAACAGCAUGAAAGUGGAUUUUAGUUUGACUUCCUUGCGUAUCAAUCUAGAUAACUUAUUCAAUGGCAACAAAGUUUUGGGUAGAACAGUAAAUACGUUUUUGAAUCAAAACUCCUUACAAGUCGUAGAAGAUCUGAAAGAAAAUAUCGGUGAAAAUCUUUCAGUAAUAUUUAAAAAAAUUAUGAACGAUGCAUUUAGUCAUAUACCCACAAAGUUAUGGUUAUUAGAUGAUUAGAUGUUUAUUUAUAUAAUCUAAAAUAUUGUACAUAAUUUUUAUAUCUUAUUAUAGCGAUAAAUUGUCUUGAGUAGAACGUUAAAUUAUGCCACCUAUCGUAUAAAUAUUUUUGAAGCAUCAUGUUACUAUUUGUGUAAUUUUAACUGUAUGUAUUAUUUUUGUGAUAUUACAUAAAUUAUUAAUAAAUAUAUCAGAUUUAUAA